AUGUCGCACCCCAAGCAUGGCGGGCCCUCGGCUCCGACGUCUUUCUCGACGUAUGCGAGCAAGUUCUUGAGCGGGAAGGCACCUAAUCAGGGUGGAGCGAUAGAAGGAAGUCAAAUCUUCCACGCCUCAUCUCCCUCAUCGUCCACGCAUGACCCCUUCCUCCCUUCCCCCUCAGCCUCACAUUCCCAUCCCCACCUAGCAGGCGGAUCCCGCUCGCCCUCUCCUUCCCGGACACCGCCCCACCCUGGACCUGGUAUUGACUCUAUCCCCGACAUAGACGAUUCCCGGCAUAGCGGUAUCGGAAUGGGGCUGCUCUUCCAGGACGAAGAAGAAGCCCCUCGUCCCGCCCCUCCGGCUGUUACGCCCCGAGGGAAAGGAAAGGCUACUGCUCGGCAGCUCGUACCGAACCCUUACGCACCAUCGUCUUCUGAGAGCGACGAAGAGCUCGAGCCUGAACUCGAGGAGGUAGCUGCUGUCCGUCGAGGCCUGGUACGGCCACAGACACAGCGUGCCCCUCAGUCGGAACGAGCCAAGAAGGGUUGGCUAGCGCAUCAUUCGGUCUUUCCUUCUUCCUCUUCGUCCUCGUCGGACGAGGAUGCUCAGAGCGAGAAGGAGACGGAGAGCGAUACGGAGGACGAAAGGUCUAGGAUGAUGGGGCAGGAGGAUGAGGAGGGGUAUGAUCUGUCGGCAUCGGAGCUGUAUGCGGCGAAUCUGCCAGAUCUGGGGCAGGACGAUAGGACGGAUCUGGAGGAGCCAUUGCUUGGGCCAGAAGAGCUGGAGCGUCGAGGUGGCACGAAGGUUUCUAUACCGAAUCGACUACAGGUGUAUCACGGGCGCUUUGGGCAUUGGGAGCGGGAGGGUCUGCGGAAGUACAAAGCCGCCCCACGAAUCUCCCUCACAUCGCCCUGCUCCGUCAAUAGUACCGCUCAUCCCCCUCCUCCUCGUCCUCCUCAUUCCGACCAUCAUCAUCCCGCCCGCCUUCCUCCUUCUCCUGCAGAAGACCGUCCGGCCCGUUCUCCUCGCUACCGCAAUUUCAAUACCCUUCUCCCUCUUCGUCUGCGGCUGGGAGAGCGAUGGUGGGGAACAACGGGGCUGCGGAUCCUGGCGUUCCUGCUUUGGGCGCUGGCAGGGUGGUUUGGGCGUAUGGUCUGGGUGCGGCGGAAACGGCUGGAACGCACGGUCGCUGUCGUCGAGCUCUCAACGCAUCUGCUGCUCACUCACACGCCGCUUCUUCUUCUCACGCCGGUCCUAUUGGCGGUCUUCACCCUGACCUCCCUCCCUUUCUUCACGCUCAUCAUCCGUCUCGGUAUGGUCGGGUACUGGCGCCAUCCGAAGGAGAAUACCUAUAUCUAUCAUCUGCGGCCAUAUGCCGGAUGGCUGAUCUUCCUGGUCGCUCUGAUCUGGGUAUGGACAUGGGGCGUUAUCAGAGGUGUAGGGAGGGUAGCAAUCGCUGGUGUGAUUGGGGAAUGGUAUUUCCACCGUCAAGAACCAACCCACCCCGACUCACUCGAGAUCACAAAGGCGGCUGUCCAUCGCGCGACCGGCUCCUCCCUCGGCUCCAUCUGCCUCGGCGCAGGUAUCGUCGCUACCGUGCGAGUCGUUGGCCGAUCCGCUGCCGAGCUUAGGCGGCUUACCUCCCCUCGCACAAAGCUUCUGCCUGACUCCCUUGCCUUCCUCUCUCGCCUGACACCCUUCUUCGCGAUCGUCGCCGGUGUGCUGGAUCAGCUGAAUGGGUACGCGUUGGUCUACGUCGGUAUCACCGGAGAAGCAUUCUGGCCUAGUGCGAGGAAGGCGGUCGGUCUAGCGGGGAAGAGGAGUGGUGGUCAUCUGCUGGAUUACACACUCAUCAAGCUUCUCCUGACCCUUAGCUCGACAGCUAUGGGCGUCUUCACCGGUACAGCGGGAUACCUGUACAUGACACACUCGCUCAGUAACCCGGCGUAUGCUCCGGCCGCGGGGCUGCUGUGUGGUGGUGUGCCCUUCUUGGCUGUCAGGGCGGGCGCUGCUGUUCUUGGCGACGCAGCGGAUGCGCUGUUCAUAUGCCAUCAGAUCGACCGGGAAGCGGGCGGCGCACAUUGCGAAGAGGCCAAAGCUGCGUUCUUGGGCGAGAAGCCGACUGGAGCGGCCGCAGUAUGA